AACAAACGUCAUUUAAAGGGGGAGAUGGCCGUGUCACGUGGUCAGGUCCGUUUCCUGUUUACCGCCUGAUGUACCUUCCUACUGUAGUACACAUAUUGCAACACCACUCUCCACUGCUGGGGCUUUUGUCUACAACAACAGACGCAGCAUUGGGAUCCUGCAGCCACAGGAUUGACUGCUGUAUAACUUUACCUCGUGUGUCGCCAUAGUCAUGGUUACUCAUGAGACAUGAAGACGUGACAUUGAGGAAACGUGCGCAGGCCAGGAAAGAUCCUGGAGAUUUCCUGACUCCAGCUCACCGGAGUUCAAUUCGGGGGUGCUGGGAGGCGCUCAAAAUCUCAAUUCACCCGAUGUCCCAAGCGCAAACUAAACAGUGGUGAUGUGGAGAACUACAAAGGUCUGAAUUGAUUCUCUCAAAUGAGUACACGGGGGGUUUGAGUUCGUGGACGCCACCAACCUCCGCCUAGUAAACAGAGCUAGCCUGUUCGCUCGUCGUGCUAACUCCGGUAGCACGACGCGGGUUGCGUUUCGAGAGUGGAGCAGCUCGCCGGUGCCCUGACUUCAGGAAGAGUCCCCGGCUCUGGCCCCCUCAAGCCGGCAGUCAGGAAGAAGCUGCCUGGGAAGGGAUGGCCUGGUCGGUCUUCCCGUUCCAAAGGACAAGUCUCUGCGGUAUUUGAAGGAGGUCGAGUUCGACUAGAGGCCACCACCGCGGGUCGAGGCGCUAUGAUGGCCGCCUCUCCCACCUCGGCCGGCGGCUAUACGGCAUCCGGGCUGUCGGUCAGAAAGAGCGAGGAAAUAGCGGAUUUAAUAGAUUUGUUUUCCAAGAUGCAGUACAGAGCAAAGGAAGCCCCUCCUCGGGUGGAGGCGAUAGAGAAGCGCUGCCUGGAGUUAUUCGCCAGAGACUACAAGUACAGUAUCAUCCACAACUCCAAUGGAGAGGUGUGUGGCCAUUACCCACAGCAGAUCGUUUUCCUGGAGUACGAAUGCACGGACGUCGAGAGAGACAGGUUUGAGAGCACAGUGCAGAUCGGUAAGCUGCAGGACCUGGUAAACCGGAGUAAGCUGGCUCGCUGCAGAGGGAGGUUCGUCUGUCCGGUCAUCCUCUACAACGGCAAGCAUAUUUGCCGGUCGUCCACUCUGGCGGGAUGGGGGGAGCUGUAUGGACGCACGGGCUACAACUACAUCUUCUCAGGGGGCACUGAUGACGCAGAGUCUGAGGAGGUUCCAGAGGAUGACAGUGCAGUCAGGAAUGGGGACUCUCAGCUCUUUGACAAGGUUCGAGGCCUCGACAUUAAGCUGCUACGUUACCUCUCGGUUCGCUACAUCUGUGACCUGAUGGUGGAGAACAAGAAGGUUAAGUUUGGCCUAAAUGUGACAUCAUCUGAGAAGGCGGACAAGGUCCAACGCUAUGCAGACUUCACCUUGCUCUCUGUGCCUUACCCAGGAUGUGAGUUUUUUAAGGACUACAAAGACAGAGACUAUACAGCCGAGGGUCUCGUGUUCAACUGGAAUCAGGACUAUGUGGACGCUCCUUUGACAAUCCCCAUGUGCUUUACUCAAAACUUGAACAUCGACUGGACUCGAUACCAGUCGUGGGACCUGGUGGAGCAGACUCAGAACUACCUAAAGCUGCUGCUCCACAUCAUCAACAGUGAUGAUGAGAGCGGCCUCCUGGUGCACUGCAUAUCAGGCUGGGACCGAACGCCUCUGUUUGUGUCUCUCCUCAGGCUCUCCCUGUGGGCAGACGGCGCCGUGCACGCCAGCCUGGAGCCGGCCGAGAUCCUGUACCUCACCAUCGCUUACGAUUGGUUCCUCUUCGGUCACAUGCUGCCAGAUCGACUCUCCAAAGGGGAGGAGAUUUUCUUCUUUUGCUUCAAUUUUUUGAAGCACAUCGUCUCAGAGAAAUUCUCAGCUGUUAAGAAACAGAGGAGGAAGAACUCUCACAUCAAAGACGGUGAUUUCACUGUGGAAGAUCUCUGCCAGUUAAAGUCGAGGGAUCGCGGCAGCGUGACCAGUCUGAGCAGUGACUUCUCCCUCAUCACUGAGGAAGCGGGCGGCUCCUCCAGCCUCACCAACGACACCGUGGACCUGUUCUCCAGCCAACCCCAGGCCUCCAACUGGAGGAAAGGCCCCACCUCCUCUCCUCAGAUGGUAGUCUGGAACAAACCGAACCCUCUGGACGAGCACCUCUCCCAUCCACUCAGCGAAGCCAGGUCUUCAAGCUCCUCCUCCUCCAACCAGUCGGAACACAUGGCCACACGCACCGGCAGCAGCCCAUUGGCCGUCCCCGGAAGAAGGUUGGCAGCAGACUACACCCGUUCCGGCUCCUCCCUCUCUACAGAAUUUGGGAGCUGGCAGAUAGUUUCGGGUUGUGGCAGCAUCCACGACCAUGGCCACUUCCCUCCACCUCUGACCUCGGCCUCCUCCACCUCUUCUGCUGUGGCUGCUGCCUACGACUCCCCCCUGCCCUUCAGUUUUCAGGACGAAGGACCCAGCGGACGAAUGUGUCCCUUCCCUUCUGAGCGUCAGGCCCGCCUGGAGGCGGUGCGGGAAGUCUUCCUGGCAGCCUACAGCUCCACCGUCGGCCUCAAGUCCUCGGCGCCCAGCCCCUCUGGCGCCAUCACCGGCCUGCUGGAGCAGUUCGCCCGCGGGGUAGGCCUUCGCGGCACCAACGCCAUCGUUUGAACCCUCCCAAUGUGACUCCUUCCGCUUCCAUCCAUCCACAGUCAACACAACAUGCCUGGACUCAGUACAAUAAAGUGCCAAACAUCUCUGUUCAGUUCAGGGGUGAAGCAUUUAUUUCUGUUCUUUUUUUUCUUGAAUUUCCCUUUCCACUUUUACGCGCUUGGAUUUAUAUUUUGAUUUUGCCUGUGCUGUGCCAACUUCUCUCUGGACUUUUAAUCUUUCACAUUCAGGGAGAGAAAUUUUUUUUCAGCCACAGUAUCAAAAAGGGAUUUUAAGAAUGCGUUCUAGCUGCUGAAAUGUAAAAGGCUGAGAACAUGGUGUCUCUGCCUGUUCCCUCUGCUCUUACUGAAUCUGUUCCUAAGAGUCCCUGCAGAGACCGUCCCAUGUACAGGCGAUGUGUUUCUCCUCAUGUUUUCUGCUGCUAAAUUCAUUACUGAUCCAAGCAGAGGAAUUAUUGUUUUGUGUAUUGUAGGUGGAUUUUGAAGAUUAGAUAAAUACAGCACUUACUGUGUUCUGACAGAAAUGGCCCCAUUCGGUUUCUAAUUUGUAGAUACAAAUUUUGAUUAUGGAAUGUGUUUUAGAGCUCACAGCUUUGGCGUCUAGACUCAAAGGACAAUGAUUGGUUUUUAAAAGUCUGUCUUAAUGCAAUAGGCAAAUGCCGUGUGUAGGCUAAAAGAGUCAUUCCCUGCAGUAAUGGUUCCUUCCGUCUGUACUGGCAGUGAAGGGAUCCCUUAAUGAGUUAGGGGACUCAACGUAGUCUUUUUCUUUCUGUCCUUUUUAUAAUAUGAGGCUUCAGCAGUUUGAGUUAAUGCCAGUGUGUUGUCCCAGUCUUGCGUCACAUUUUUAUUAGGAACGGCAAGAUCCCCUUGGGGUUAAGGGCUUCACCAUUGGUGAAACAAAAUGGUCCAUGCCACAUUCGGAUAGAGGCUGAGGCUGUUUGUUGUUGCAGGCGUUCAUGGUGCGUUUGCAACCCCGGUAAGUCACCAUGUGUGUGUGGCCUCAUUGACUGUUUCAGGGAAGUUUAGAAAUUGCCGGACGCAGGAUUCCUGUUUAUGAAUGGUUUUGAAGGCUUCGGGGAAGCCAGUAUGGACAGAAUGGAUGAUUUACUUAUGGCAUGUGAGGAAGAAAAGAUCUGAUCCCAUCCUUGUAACUAGAUCACUUCCAUCUACAGUGACUGUUCCUGAACGGCACAAGCCCAGAAAUGAAGGGACUAACGUACCCAAGCAAUCGCCUUCCCCCCUCACCGGUCUAAUAUCUCCAUAUCCUCCAUAUAUUCAGCCGUUUUUUCUUCUCCUUCUUCUUCAGUAGCACUGACAUGGUAGCACAAGAGGCACUGAGCAUCGUGGUAGCGAACCCGUGCGCCGUCGGACUCCAUUGAAGCGAAGUCCACGUGAUUCCUGCGAUUUCUGCCCAGCUGUUAUUACACAAGUUUGUUCAAAAACAUGUGACAUUUCUACCUGAGCUGCUUUUGCGUAGGUUAACACUUUUAAAGUAAUUUUCUGAUUUAAGAAUCCUGUUUAUUUGGAACUAGCUUGUUGGUGUCGCCAAUACGGUUUAGACGGCUGCUGUACCUCAGGACCUUUUGUUGUGCCUUUUUUUUUUUUUUUUUAAUCUUCAGUAACACUGGGUCGGAUCUCUACUUCUGGACCAGUGUCGGGUGUAUUUCUUUUUCUUAAAUGGUUCUAAGAGCUUGGGGUGUUUGCGGCUAAUCAUUUAUGAAAGUUUUGACCGUAGAGCAUUAGCUUUGCAAUAAAGCUUUCGGGGUUUGCCCUGUAAGACUUUUUUUGUUUAUUUGCUAUAAACUAGUGGAUGGAAACGCGCCUAAUUCACUUUUCUUUUCUUUUUUUACGACAUUUGAAAGGUUUGCUUAAAAUUAGCUGAACUAUUAAACGGAAACACGGCUGGUGUUAAAUGCGAUGCUAGAGCCGGAACCUAUUCACCUUAGAUUUGCAGAGAGAUGGGAGGAAACUGCUUGCUUAAACUAAUUAGGCGUGUUAAUCAGUCGGUUGUUGUUAGGUGCAUCUGUUUCGAGUCUUUAUGCUAAGCUAGGCUAGCCACGUCCUGACUCCAGCUCUGUACUUAAAGCUCAGACAUGAAAGUGGAAUUGUUUUUCACAACUCUCUCAGACAGAAUUAGAACACACACAUUUCCCAAAAUGUUCAAGGGCUCUUUAAACUUGCAGAAUUUGCUGUUCACCUACAUUUUGAACCAAGUUCUGCUUUCUGUGUCCCACAAAACCACAUUUGCUUGAGUUGUUUUUAAGCCACGGGAGUUUGAUCCCUUUAUUCUUAACGCAUUAAGAAACGUGGCUGCAUGUAUCAGUUCUCUGCAUGGACUGUCGAAGUGGUUUCAUUUUGUAGUCCUCCAAGAACUGACUGUAGAACAAUCUGCUCGACUUUCAGGUGUGGCAUCAUCUCCCUGUCGGGUUUUAAGCUUUCUUUUGAGCAUAUCUUUCCUGAAAAGUAGUUCUAAUUCAGUCCAGGUUACAUAUCGUUUUAAUAUUUCGGCCUGCAGCUGUUAAGCAGCCAGUCACAGGACACUUACAAUAACUUUGUCAUUUUCACAGUGCUAAAAAUAGGCAUUAUAAGAAGCAUUUCUCCUCUGGAGUUAAAUACUUGUCACUUUCUCACUCACCGGUUUUGCAUGACAUCCCCAAGAUCUCGAAUGAUUUUUUAAAUUUCAUAAUCUCUUUUUAAAAUGCUGCAUUGCACUCGUUCUGAUCUUUUCUGUGUGAAGAGGUUUCUUCUUUGUACAGUUGAGGCAUUUUUAAGUAAUUGUACCUUUUUUGUUAUUAAUUGCUCUUAGUUGUUGGCAAGCAACACGCUACAAAUGAAAAGUGAACUGAGCAGCAGGUGGCAAUUGUGAAUAAACAACAACAAAACAAACAA